UCGUACGCAUAAUGACAAUAAUAUCCGACAUCGUUUUUUAUCUCGUGUUUUUAGUGAUUUCGUCCACUGCAAGUCGUCGUCGUUUUCGUAAGACAACGCCACCGGCCAAACAAGAAUAUCGAAAUUAAAAGCAAAAUAUUCACCGGAGGAAAUAUUAUUUUUCGACGGAUUCGCGCUGUCCGUCCGCCGUCGCGUCUCCUACAAGUCGUUCGCCCGACCGCCCGCCCAGUCUUACCUACCAGGCACUCGCCUCUCGAUACACCUGCCCAGGUCGCCGGCCGAUUAGCAUUCAUUCCGGUCCACCGGCGAUGGCGGUCGGUCCGUCGUCUGGCAUUUCCUCCGACGUCCGAGGACGCCGCAGUCAUUACACGGGGCACGCACACCGGCGUUCGGUCCUGUCGGCGGCGUGAUAAUCAUCGGCUUCCGAACACCGCUUGCCGUUGCCUCACAUGCGUCAGCGCGCGUCGUCCGAUCGACGUCCGCAGUACGCACACCUCACGGCACGACGAUGGAUUGUGCGUCGACACUGUACUCCCACCGCAACAACGGACUGAUGACCAGGUCGCUGGAGAAACUGCUGGAGGACGCUCAUCUGUGUGGCGAAUUGAAACUGGGCGGGCGCAAGCUAAAGGAAUUCCCGGCGACCAACAAGUACGAUUUGUCCGACACGACCAUUGCGGAUCUCUCCAAGAAUUGCUUCACACACUUUCCAACCGAAGUGAUUAAGUUCUGGUCAUUAGAAUCUCUCAACCUCUAUCAUAAUGCUAUACGAUCGAUACCGAAUACAGUCACAUCACUUCAAUCAUUGGUGCAUCUUGAUCUCAGUCGGAACCGUUUAACAUGUCUACCAUCAGCUAUAUGUCAGUUACCUCUCGAAAUCCUAUUAUUGUCCAAUAAUAAACUUAAACAGUUACCCACCGAAAUUGGAUUCUGCAAAACUCUUAUUGAGUUAGAUGUAAGCUGUAAUGUGCUUAUUAAUUUACCACCACAGUUGGGUCAACUAUCCUCAUUAAAAUGUUUAAAUGCACAAAAUAAUCUACUUAUUGAGUUACCAUUAGAAUUAACAUGUUUAAAAUUAGCAAGAUUGAAUGUCAGUUUGAACCGAAUAGCAUCUUUACCUGUUGAACUGCGAUUAAUGUCUUGUUUAGAAUAUUUGAAUGUAGCCAAUAACCCUUUGGUCUCCCCUCCGACUGCUGUAUGUAUUAAGGGUCGUAUUCAUAUAUUUAAAUGGUUGGAAUUAAAAAGUAUUAAAGAAGGUCGAAAUCGAGGAUCAUCAUGGAAGUUCAAUUCUCUUAAGAGUAAUAAUCACAGUUUAGACAGUAAUAUGGACAGUUUAACAUUAUCUGAAACAACUAGUUUGGUACAUUCUUCAGAUGAAGGUGCAAAUGGAAGUAUGGAGUAUUUAAACAAAUCUGACAGAAAACAUAAGGAAAUCAACAGAUACAAUAACAAUGCAAGUCCUGAAAUUGUACAUGUUAGUAAAAGCAAUGGUAAUAUGUCAACAAAUUCGAAUAAAAUAUACUCGAGUAAUAAUGGUAUCAAGUUAAAUGAUAAGCCAACACAUCACACACAAAGUUAUAGAGAAUACAAAGAGUUCCUUAAACAACAACGUGCCCAAGAAUCUAUUUAUAAAGGAAAAGUUCAAAAUCCAGACAAUAACUAUGAUCAAAAGGAUAUUCGUCCAUACAUUAAACCAAGUACACCUGAAAUUAUAUCAACUCCAGUCAAUAAUUUGUCAUUACCAAUGUCAUCAAGUCCAAGUAGUCCAAAUAUUUGGUCCAAGAAUAACACUCAAAUCACUAAAAAUAAACUUCAGUUCACAAUGAAACGGGAGUAUGAUAAAGCAAGAGAAGAGGCAGAACUUGUGAAGCAACUACGAAAUACUAUCGAAUCACGUUUAAAAAUGUCUCUUCCAAGUGAACUAUCACCGGCUCUUAAUGAUGGAGUUGUGCUUUGUUACUUAGCAAACCAUGUCAAACCUAGAUCUGUAGCAAGCAUUCACGUACCUUCACCAGCUGUGCCUAAACUAACCAUGGCUCGGUGUAGACGGAACGUGGAUAACUUUUUGGAAGCAUGCCGUAAAAUUGGUGUGAAUGAAAAACUGAUUUGUUGUGCUGUUGAUAUUUUGGAGGGAAAAGGGAUUGUUCAAGUGGCCAUCACUGUUGCUGAACUAUUGAAAUUCCAUACAACAAAAACACAACCACAAAAUGUACACGUGCCAUCACUUUUAAAUGUAUAAGAACAUAACUUAUGAAAACGAUCUACGAAAAAAAUGUGACUGAUUGUUAAGCUCAUAAAUGAAAUGCUAUUGAGGCAUUGAAGACUGUUUAAUUCACCUGUUUAAUUAUAUAAAAAAAACCUCAGAAAUUUCAUUAAGAGGCUGAGUAAAUUUUAUAUAUUUUUAUAAUCAAAAUUAUACUGAUCGAUUUAAACUCUUAAUUUAUUGUACACUACUUAACA